AUGAAUGCUCCAGUAUCAGAAGACAAUUUCUUUGUUUCACAAUCAGAAAAAAAUUGGAGCAUUGAUACAUCUAAAUAUUCUGAGUACUUUACACUUGAUUUGAAAAUUUUAUCCGCAGCAAUUGAAUCAAUUCCAUUCAAUGAAAAUGUUAAUAUUCAUACUAAAUACUUUAGUAGUGACCAAUUGACAAAUAUUUAUAACAAAGCAGAGCAGGGUAAACAGAAAUACAAUGAAAUGUUAAAUAGUUUAGAAACUGAAGUUUCAAGUGAUCUAAAAAAUAUAGAAAGUAAUCAAGAUUCAAUAGAUGAUACAACUGAGGAUCUAGAUUUUUUGCUAUCACUCAAAGAACCUGUGGAUGAGCCUUUAAUGGCAGUAAAGCCUUUACCUACACCUUUUGAUGCUGGUCUAGAUACAAAAACAGCAAAUAAAUCUAGUAAACCUAUAAAAUCUAUCGAUUUGGAAAAGUGGUUGGAUUCUGUUUUAGAUGAUUAA